AACUUCCUUCAUCGCCCCAAUCCCGGGCAUGACGGUGGAUACGGAGUUCCGGCGGGCCAAGUAUUGCCACAGAAGCCCACCAAGCAGUCGUCAAUGCAUUGCUCGGACCAGCAUUGCUUGUAGCAAUUGCAGUAUCCCGAGCUGCAGCCCAGAGCCCGGUUUUGUAGUUUGGCGCCCCAACGAUUACGCGUACCGGCGUUACCCGCGUAAAAUGACUCUUGUCAAGUGGUUAAGCAGCUGCUCAUAGAGCUGUGAACUCCUAAUAUAGCCUGACUGCAGGUAUAGCAAAGCAAUAGCUUCCCGUCUU